AUGGCAACUAACAACAAAGUAGUAGUUUUCACUGAUGAUUUGUCAGUGCGAAAAGCAUUUUAUGCACUUGUUUCUAACUGUGAGUACUCUUUCAAAGAAUUCGCACACUCUAAAAAAGCUUCCCAGAUUUUAGCAACUCGUACGGGUCUUGUUGCCGAUUCGACUACUAUGAAUCUCACCGGCGUACUCUCCAUAACUGAUUUUACCAUGGUGCUGAUGAUGCUUUGGAAAUUUCGAGAAAACAUUGAAGAAAUGAAAGGAACACCCCUAACUCAAUUACAAUUUAACGAAAUGGAUAUUGCAAACAUGGAAAUCAAACGGUGGAAAGAAUUGCUCAGGAAACGUGGCAAUCAGAGGGAAUUUAUUAGCGUGAAUACGAAUGAAAGGUAUGCAACUUACUUUUCUUACACUAAGCAUUUGCCGCGAAAUCAAAUAUAG